AUGACCUCAGCAUUACCAUUGAAUACUUCAGCACAAAUAGCUUUAUUUACUGAUAAGAUAUUUCUAUUCUGUGCUCAAACUUAUUUUAAUGAGAAUUAUCAAGUUCAACUUAAUGUUGCGCGCACGGCUGACAUCAAUACUCAAUAUAUGGUAGAUUUAGAUAGUGGUUGGACAAAGAUUAGCGAUGCAGCUCGUGUUAUUCAACACCAUUUAAAUAUAAAUAACAACCGAUGUGUCUGUCGGCAACAGAUAUCUCCAACUUCAAUACAGGUGCAUUAUAUCGACAAGAAACACCAUCAGUUAGGUGUCGAUGAACAAGUCAUUGAAACAUGGUGUCGAAAGAAAUUGAUUCUAGCUACAUGUACAUCAAAUAUAGUUGAACCAGAAUGGAAGAUACUUAAAACUAAAAUUUUUCAACGUUCCGAUUAUGGAAUAGAUAUUUGUCUUUUUGAUGAACAACAAACAAUAAGUUUCUUCGGUUUACCAGAAGUCGUGAAUCAUGUUCAACAAUUAUUUGAAGAUAAAAAAAUAAAAAAUGUUCCAUCUGUUGUCAAAAAUGAGGCGAACAAACUAGAAGUGUUACCGAUUCCAAAACCACCGACUUUAAAAAUUGACAAUUCUCCACAAAUCAGCAAGACUAAUAUACAUCAGGAAUGUAAUCCAUUAAAUGCACAGAAAGUUGAAAAAUUCUCGAUCACAUUCGAUGUCGAUGAACCCGGUUUCGAAAUCUUUGUCAAUGAACAAUUCAACCAAUUAUUGACUGUGGUUAAAUCGAAAUGUCAGCUUGAAAAGCAAAUCCUUCAUCAUCAAAUUCAGAUUCAAGUACCUAAAGCAAACGUUCAUUUCAACGAUCCUACAUUACAAACGCAGCCGCAAGAAAAUAAUUCUGAACCCACAAAUAAUUCGAGCCAAGCUUCUAUUAACCAAAAGUCAAAUUGGAUUCUAGGAUUGCUUGGCUUCAGAAAAUCUAACCAACAAUCUCCUUCGCCUGUACAACAACAAAAAUCAACAUCACAAGUACAAAUAACAUCGAAUGUGAUGAAUCUAGCAAGUGUUGCAAUAGGCAAUUCAAAGAUCAUUGUUUGCACCGGAGAUUUAACAAAACAAGCGGUCGAUAUGAUCGUUGUUUGUUCAACAUCAUCAAUUCUAUGUAACGCAAUCAUUUCUGCUGCUGGAUCUCAAGUAAAACAUAUAUUUGACCAACAAUCCUCCAAUGGUACGCUGACGUUUGAAACGUCAGGCGGUAAUUUAUCUUGUAUGCAAAUUGCUUUUCGUCCAUGGACCUGUGACAAAUAUCAACCUCAAAAUUUAAAACAAUCUAUUGAUACUUUUAUUUCAUCCGUGAUUACUUAUGCACUUCGUCAUAAUAUUACAACACUUGCCUUUCCAAGUAUUGGUUGUGGACAACGCGGUUAUGAUCCGAAAUUGAUUGCUGAAUACAUGAUUGAUGAGACUUAUCGACAAUUAAAAAGUUCAGUUCAUCCGAAAUUGAUCAUUUCAUUUGUUUUACUACCCGGACAACAAAGUAUUUAUGAUGCAUUUAGUGAUCGACUUAAUGCAAUAAAAAUCAUUGAAGAUAAACCGACCAGUAUUUCUUUUGAUAAACAAACGGUAAAAAUAAAAUUAAUUGGUUUAAAUAAGAAUGAAUUAAUCGAGUGUCAAAAUAAAAUAAAACAAUUGGCUCGAUCAUAUUCACUUAAACUUCAUCUUACUGAUAAGAUUGACAUGGCUGAUUGGUCACAAGAUAUCAUUCAGAAAUACUAUAACUAUUGUCUACAAAAGCGGGUGUCCGAUACCGAAAAGUAUUUUUUUCAAUUAACUGCUGAAAUACUACGAAAUGCUCGUAUUCAAAUUAUAUCCCAUGGAUUUGUAUGGUCAGUUGAAAUAUUAUCCGGUACAUGGGAGCAAUAUUCAUACAAAAUUAACCAACAAAUUGAAGAUGCUCACAUGAAAAAAUUGUCACAUAUUGAAUUCUUAAACGAAAAGUCAGAACGAUGUCGAGUAGUUUUCUCAUCUAUGGAAGAACACUAUGGAACACGUAAACGAAAAGUGUGUCGUCAACGUAUAGAUUCAUCAUUACCUAAUUAUUGGGAUUUGUCCAGUGUUAAUUUCAAACGAAUAGCUCUCUCGAAUUCUUCGAAAGAAUACAAAGAUGUUCUGGAUAGAUUUGAAAGUACAAUGAAAGGUUCUUAUCUGACAAUCGUCAAAAUUGAACGCAUUCAAAAUGAACGUUGGUACAAACAGUAUGCUGCCCAUCGUGAUGAAUUCAUACAGAAAUAUACCAGCUCUAGUGAAAAAUUGCUUUUCCAUGGAUGCAGGAGUACAUCAGCGUAUAAAAUUGUACAAGAAUGCUUUAAUCGAGCAUUUGCUGGUGUUAAUGGAGUUUCGUAUGGCCAAGGUGUGUAUUUUCAUGAGCAUGCGAAAUAUAGUCAUGGUUAUACUGAUGGCUCAAGUGAACGAACUAUGUUCUUAGCUCGUGUUCUAAUUGGUAGAACAUGUAUUGGUAAUUCAUCGAUGAAAGUACCACCUGAAGGAUUUGAUACAACUACAAAUGGUGGACAUAUAUUUGUGAUUUACCAUGAUGCUGGUGCAUAUGGUGAAUACCUCAUAACGUACAGAUGAAAUCUGCUCAGUUCAAGGCAGUGACGAAAGAGACUUUGAUGCACUAAUCUUAUUUUGUAGUUUUUAAAUAUAAAUUCCGUCAUUUUUUGAUCAAGAAAUAUCUUUUUGGCUUGGCUAUAAUAAAAGACUGAAAAAUUGUAAGACAGAAAUAAAAAUGCAUAAAACUUUUACUUAACAUAGUUCAGUUAUGCAUGAAUAUCAUGACUGAAUAGUUACAUUAUUCGAAGUAUAAUUACAAGGUACUGCGUUCAAACCGCAAUACGACUAGUCAUGGAAUGACUGUGAACAAACCAUGCAUAGCUGUUUCUCUUGAAUCAUUCGUCUAUCAUAGCAUGCUGUACACCCAUUGAGUGGAAAAACAUUUCAUGAACCUCAUUAUUUAAAAAAAAAUCAAAAUCUUUGGAUUUCUUUUCAACUAUUUUUAUUCCAUUACUUUCAUUUUUUUUGUCAAACUCAAAGUCAUUCAAUUAGUUUCAUUCUACCUUAUUUUUCAGUCAUGAAUCUUUUGUGAAGUUCUAGAUGAGUUAGUUUCCCAUACUUUUGUUGAUUGAAAUUUUUUUCCAUCGAUCACUUCCUUAUAAUACAAUAAUGAAACACCAUUUUGCUUUAAAAACAUGGUGAAAAAUGAUGAAUUUAAGUAUAUCUGUAUAUUUGUCCUUACACGUACGUGCUCUAAAAAACAAAAUGUGCAAAAGCAAAAAGAAUGUCGCAUGCUGUUUCGUUUUGCAGGAUAAAUUGUUAAAAAAUGUUAUACUCUUUUUUAAUAGUGAAUCGACAAAGUCAUUUCCAUCCUGAUACAGGUCCGUUGAUUAUCUAAUAUAGCUAUUUUAAAGGACAAAAAUGAAUCCGAAUGUAUUCUAUGGUCUAUGUUUUUUUCUUGCUAAUCAUGUCUAAAGAUGUAUCGGUUCGAAUUCGCUGGAUCACCGGUAAAAAUGGACUCAGAUAAACAAAUAUUAUUUUCAAUUGGUAAUUUCGUAGUAUUUAAUUGUGUAAGCACUUAAGUUG